AUGAUCGGCGACUAUUCAGAUGACAUUCAAUUAAAAUCGUGUGGAUUGAGUGAACCGAUGGACAGCACUUCGCCGGCGGAAACACUGGCGUCGAGCCGUAUAAUUGGCGGACAGAAGGCCCGGUCGGGUGAGUUUCCGUGGAUGGCGUCCAUACAUAUCGCUAAACCGAGUGGCGAUGAAACCAUUGAUCAAUACUGCGGCGGUGCUAUCAUUAGCCCCUACUGGGUGUUAACGGUUGCCAGUUGUUUGACAGACAUUCCCAUCAAGUGGUUGUCCGUAUGGAUUGGGUCGACAAAUAAAAUUCAGGGGCAGAGACAUAGAGUGGCCAACAUUACAGCGCCGAACGGAUUAAAAGUGUCUAAUGGUGUCGAUAAUAUCGCUCUCAUUAGGCUCAGGACAAAAGUGGACCCAAUAGUGUUUGACAAAGGGAAUGGUAGUCGGUAUUACACAGCAAACAGUGUGUGCCUACCCGUGCGGAAUAGUACCAAUACGGGGCAGGAAAUGGCACUGUUUAGCGGUUGGGGUAGUGUUGCGGAUACGGCAGCGAUUGCGCCCCUCCAGCAGAGCAAUCAAAAUGAUUUACAUAAAACCGAUUACGUAAUCGACGGCACCGUUAGCUGCGGUGGCGAUCCGAAACAGGUGUGCGGCCGGGAAUUCAGACAUAUGGCUUGUUUUGGAGACGGCGGGUCACCACUUGUACAGUAUGACAACAAUAGGGCCGUAUUGUUAGGCAUUUAUUCGCACCACCGACUGUUGGGAAGCGCCGGCACCGGACAACUCUGUCCGCCGGCUGUCCAAUACUUUACUCGAGUCUCGUAUUAUAUCGAUUGGAUUCUUAGGACAGUUGGCGACGACAACCGACGGCUCGCCGAACAGUCGACAGUUUUAAUGAGUGAAAAGUCGACAAUAAAUCCCUAUUUAUUGAUAAUCAUUGCGGCGAUUAUUGCCUCCGUUUCGUUGGCUAUUGUUUAUUACGCUAUGAAAAAUAUAAAUAUCACUCAUAUCAAACAAACGUUGAAUAUGACGGGCAAUACAAUGAACGUCAGCGAUGGUCAUCAUUAUCAUCGACAACACACUAUGGAUUGUCGCUCAAUUGACCUCCAGAUGGAAUCGAUGAAACUUUUGUUCAUAUUGACCAUGAUCAUUCUGUGCUUCCUAUUCGCCAUACUCUAUGUAUUGCAACACAAAUACUAUGCGUUCGCGAUGAAACAGACGGUCAAAAGGCUUACGAAAUGCUAUGAAAGCCAGAGAACUGGACUAAACUCAACCACUACUUCAACCACGAGUGCCAACAACUUUUUGCCCACAUAUUUCCGCAGACCAGUCAACUGUCCGCCGCCUUGUUAUGAGACCCGUUUGGGUCCUCAGCUAAAGGAUUAUAAACUGGAUCUGUCUGUCGAGAAACUCAUGAAAUCCAAAGACAAUGUCAACAACAAUGGCUCGAAGAUCAAGAAGAAUAAGUUGGAGUUUAUUUGCAUUUACAACAUGGACAUCACUCUUGAUCACAUCAUGAUCACAUCAGACAUCACUCUUGAUGAAAGUAGUUUCUUAUACGGGCCUCAGUUAUUGAAAACUCUGGAUUACAGUUCAGCCGUUACCUCUCCAUCACAAGUGGGCAAACAUUUAGUCUUAAGACCACUUCAUUGCGAGGACUAUAAGAAAGGAUACACUGAUUUGUUGUCACAUUUGAUGACAAACGUCGGCCCAAUAAGUGAACACCAAUUCAAAGAGCGUUUUGUAGAAAUGAAAAAUGAUGGUAAAUAUUACGUUACGGUUAUUGAGGACGUGACCACCGGUCGGAUUGUGAGUUCGGCCACACUGUAUAUGGAGUACAAGUUUGUGCACAACAUAUCAAUGAGGGGUCGCAUAGAAGAUGUAGUGGUGGACAGCGGCUAUCGGGGCCAACGAUUGGGUCAGUUAGCCAUUGAAACACUAAAACUGAUGGCCCGAGAGUUGGGCUGUUAUAAAGUAACUCUUGACUGUAGGGAUCAUUUAAGUGAGUGGUAUAGGACUCUUGGUUUUACAGCACCCGUACCCUCACAUUCAGUUACCAUCAGAUUUUUUGACUGA